AUGAUUGAUCACACUCACACCACCACCUCAAGAGCGUAACCAAUUGAAAUGGAGCUACUGUAUUCAUCUUGGUGAUGUAGUUGAGUCACGAAUGUCAUCAUGUUUGGUUUAAAAAUCACACACACUAGUGUGUGUAUGGCGGGCGUGGAGCUAUCAAGUCGUGUACUCCAUCAUCAUCCCAAUUAAUUAUAACUUCUCUCUCGUGGAUUUCAGUGUUGUAUUGUUUUUUUCAAACUACUCUUUGUACCCGCCCUCCCAAAACGCCACCCCCACAACCACAACGUUCCGUUCUAACAAUUGGAUCAAUUAUUAUCAAUUCACUAAAUUCUUUCGUCACUAUCUACUGUUCCUCGAUCGUAUAAACUGUAGGCUCAAACUCUCAGAUCUACGGGCAAUCAUAGUUCGCGAUUAUCGAGAUAUACCUUACGAAAAGGUAGUGAAUAGUUAGUUUCGUGGGUUUUCAUUCUUUUGUUGCGCUAUUGAUUUUCUUUUCUUUUUUCUGUUUGUGAUCGUGAUUCCCAAUGGCAGAGAUUGUUCCCCUUUGCAUUAUUUUAAUCAGUUAGCUUAAUCAAGUGUUUUCAGCUUUCGAGUUGUUCUAAUUCUGGAUUCUGUUUGCGUCAAAGGUGUUUGAUUUUUUGAUUCAUUCAAAAAGUUUCGAAUCCAAGGCAAAUUCGACGCAUGGCGUUGGCGUUUAGUUCUAUGCGUUCCGUUUGAAGUAAGAAGUAACUCGUAAAGUUGUUUUUCCAUUGAAAAGAGGGGAAUUCGGAGUUCCUUUUGCCUCUCUUUAUUACCCUUUUUUCAAUUUUAAAAUUUAUAUAACAACACAACACAACCCAGUUGACAGACAAUCCACCAUACAUAAACGCCAAAAGAGUCUCUCUCACUUUAGCAUGCGAGAACUUAAUUUUCUAGAUAAAGAGAGAGGUCGUGUUGUCAUUAAUCGAUGCUGAAUAUGAAGACGAAAGUUUGCGAUUCUGAUCAUAACAACAACAACAAUGGUGGUGGUGAAGCUCUGAAGCAGAAAGAGAGGCAUAUAGUUUCUUGGUCACAAGAGGAGGAUGAAAUAUUAAGAGAGCAAAUCAGUAUCCAUGGAACUGACAAUUGGACAAUUAUUGCAUCAAAGUUCAAGGAUAAAACAACCAGACAAUGCAGAAGAAGAUGGUUCACUUAUCUGAAUUCUGAUUUCAAGAAAGGAGGAUGGUCACCAGAGGAAGACAUGCUCUUAUGCGAGGCUCAGAGGAUAUUUGGCAACAGAUGGACUGAAAUAGCAAAAGUGGUUUCAGGAAGGACUGAUAAUGCUGUGAAGAAUCGGUUCUCCACUUUGUGUAAGAAGAGAGCAAAACAUGAAGCAUUAGCAAAAGAAAACAAUGUUUCUUACAUCAAUGCAAACAAUAAAAGAAUCAUGUUUCAUGAUGUACAAAAGUUUGAAACUUCAAUGCCUCCUUUGAAGAUUCGGAGGAAAGAAGUUGGAGGUAUGAUGGAAGAUUGUAAUAUUGAAGAAGGGUAUAAUGGUAAUUGUACAACUACGGGUCAUCAUCAACUAAGACCUCCAUUUGCAGUUCUUGCUCACAACAUUGAUCUCUCAACAACUCAACUUCAUGGCAUCAAUAAGGAGGUCUCAAAAGAUGGUAGUUGUAACAUGGGUGAAGGAACAUUUCUCAAGAAAGAUGAUCCAAAGAUUAUUGCUUUAAUGCAACAAGCAGAGCUUCUUAGCUCUCUUGCACUUAAAGUUCAUACAGAGAAAACAGAUCAAAGUUUUGAAAAUGCUUGGAAGGUUGUUCAGAAUUUUCUUAAGAACAGUAAAGAAAGUGAGAAUCUUGGAUUCAACAUUGCUGACAUGGAUUUUCGACUUGAGAAUUUUAAAGAUUUGGUUGAUGACAUGAGAAGUUGUAACAAUGGGAGUAGUCAUGAUUACUGGAGGCAGCCUGAUUUAUAUCAGGCAUCACCAGACAGCUCUGAGUAUAGCACAGGGUCAAGUAAUAUUGUUGGUGAUGUAAAUAUGAUAACAUCUGAUGAGGGAAUCAAUCAAGAUAUUUUACAAUCUUGUGAUGAAUUCAACAAUGAUGUUGCAUUGCCAAAUUCAGAAUUCAAUUCUCCACUUCAAGUAACUCCAUUGUUUAGAUCAAUGGCUGCAGGGAUUCCAAGCCCACAAUUUUCAGAAAGUGAAAGACAUUUUCUACUAAAAACACUUGGAAUGGAAAUGACACCUCCUAAUUCAAGCACAAGAACUUCACAACAUCCACCCUGCAAAAGGGCCCUUCUUCAUUGUCUUUAAAAAAAAAAUUUUAAAAAAAAAAAAAAAAAAAAAAAAAAAAAAAAGAUUU